CUUUGGUUUAGGAAGAGGAAGAGGAAGAGAGACAGAGACAAAAAGGAACACUUACGGCCAAAGGAGGAAGGUGAAUGAAGGGUUGCUGGGACCUGGUACUGCACACGCAGACUGCUUUUACUGCUCAUGCUGACCGAGAUGUACUGUUAUAACCCGGAAGCUGGCGCUGUGUGGGCUGGCGUUGGGUGGGGGCUCAUUGGGAUCGGACGGGUGUUUGGCGGGUCGGUUGGGAUGGAACUUGGUCGUUGGGCUGUUUUGGUCUGCUGGAUCGGUUGUGGUCCACGAGCGCGUUGGUCACUAGGGCCCUCUCGGUGGCUGGAGCCUGCCCAGUUGCUUGAUUGGAUUGAUUUAAGGCGGCCGGUCUAUUUUCCUUGGCAGCUGUGUCAGGGCCUUUGCAAGCGAUCGACGUAUCCGUGGGUGGGAGACUCAGAGAUGGUGGGCCAUAGGGGGACUGGAAGGGUUUAUUGAAAGGAGAUGUACUGCUCAGUGGCUCUGCAAGUGGCUUAGGGCAAGGUCAGAGUAUUUGCGGUGUGGAGCGUUUGAGAGGUGGGAGUCGUGCCGGUUUCAGAGGCUGAGAGGAGGAAGGUGUGGGAGAAGAGAGGUAUGUCUUGAUGAUGUAGACAGGGCAUACUUUCUGAAACUGGAAAGGUAAUUGAGGGGACUAAUCAGAGAAGCAGAGAAAGAAAAAACUAAAAUAUGAGGGGAUAGAAGCUUGGUCAGGGGAGCAGAAAAAUGAGAUUGACGGUUGGCAGAGAUAUUUCGUUCGUUUGCUUGGUGUGGUUAACCUAAUCUACCCGUG